UGUAGUUAAAGGUUGCUAGUGUAUUUUCAGCGUCAAUCAGCCUUUUCAAGGUUUUAUGUUUUCUCUACAUGUUAUCAACAUCUGAAUACUUUGUUUCCUUAUUUUUCAUGUUAGGAAAAGUUUUUAUCAUUUUUCUCAGUAUCUACAUGUCGUAUCAUCACUGAUUUCAAAUCCAUGAUCAGCAUGGUAAGAUUAAUUUAAAAAUAUGUGUUUUUUCAGAAAAAAAUUUUAAGUUCAAUUUCACGCAAACGGCUCCGAGUACGACGAAAAGGUUUAAAGCUAUAUUUUUCUCAAUCCUUUUUUACAUGAGAAAAAAACAUUUUGAAAAAAAUCUAUUUCUAGGCAUUUUUCCCUAUGCUUUUAGUCCUCAUCCUUAAAAGUGAUUAUAUUUUUGCUUCAGUUUUGGCCAUGGAAAGGUGUUCUGCUUGUCGUGUCCUCCUGAUAAAUGCAAGGAGAAAGAGUGGACGGGUCAGAAAAUUGAACAAACAAUCAAUCCUGCAUUUUCUCAGAACCAUAUAUCCAAAUGUGCAGAUAUCACUUGGAAAUGAUAUUUGUAAUAAGUGCUAUAUGCAGGGUUAUAACUCUGGAACAUCUCGAUCUAAGUCUUCUGUUGAAACUGAAUCAGACAAUAUUGCACCUGACACGGAGAUGAAUGCAGAUGAAAAACUAAUAACACAAUAUCCUCAUCUUCAGCAAUUGAAUGCCAUCGUGAGUCCGGUUUUAGAAGAGCUUGUGAUAGCAGAUUCCAGCUCUGAGGAUGAUUGUGAUAAUCAUGGUGCUAAUGAGCAAUAUAAAUCAUCUAAUGCCAACAGUGAAAGUGUGAGCUGCGAUGAAUCCUCAACUAUUUCAUCCUUACUUCCAUCUAAACAAAGUUCACCUCGCAGAUCGAAGGAAAUUCCGAUAUCUGAACCUUCUGGCUCAUCAUCUUGUGGUUCCUCUGCUGGCGAAUGCCUUUCAGGUCCUUCUGGCUAUUAUCAGCAAUGUACUUUAUCAGUUUCUUUCAGUGCUAGUGGCACAAGUGAUAAUUUUAGAGGAACUGUCGAUCAAGACUCUAGUUCAUCCUCACCCGAUGAUGCAUACAUUUAUCCAAGUGCAGCUGAUGGAACUGACUACAAACCAGACAGUGAUAUGUCUGACGAUGAAGAGCCAGCUGAAGUCGGAAACCCAAAAAAUAACCCUCUUGUAACUAGAAGAUCCAAAUCAGGACACAGUACUUGUUGUUUUGGUUGUGCAGAACCAAACACACUAAAGUCUGUGCCAAUCAAGUAUCGUGUUUUUGUUUUGAUCAAAAUCAACAUUUUUGUUCCUGAAGGAACUAGAUGCUGUGUAAGUCAUUUAUUGGGCGAAAUGACUGACUGGUUAGCUUUGCCUCCAUCUAAUACCGAAAUGAGUCUAGAUGACUUUCAAAAGGCAGUGAACCUCCUCCGUAAUGUCUGUAAAGUUAACUAUAAAUAUAACCAUCAAACGACCAAUUUAAAUAACUGGACUUUUUACCAGAUAUAGACUGGAAUUGAAUCUGACCAGUUCAAAAAUUUAAUGGAAGCUUGUGAACUUUCACUUGAUCCUAAACAUGUUAAAUUUAAGUUUCUGACACUUACAAGUCUGAUUAUAAAAUGAAUUAGAUUCAUGGAAUCAGCGCAAUAAAAUACAGCCGCGAA